GCGCCCGCCCCGCACAGCGCCUGCGGGAGGAGCGGGCUGGAACCGAGGGCGGCGGCUGCGGGCUCGGCCUAGCCGCAGUCCCAGCGUCCCCGGCCGCCCGCCUCCCGGAGUCCCGGCGCCCAGCCCUGCCGCUGUCCCCCAGCCGAGGCAGCGCACCGGCGAGAUGCGGGGCGGGGGGCAGGGCGCGGGGUAGGUGACUUUCUCCCGCCUCCGUUGCCCGGCCCAGGGGAGCAAUGACAUCACGUGGCCUUCUCCACGCGCCGACACAAAGAGCCGCUGCCAGAGGCCUCGGCCAGGGAGGCCGGCGGCCGCCGCUGCCUCUCAGGGCUCCGGGGCCCCGCCAGCCCGGCCCUCCGCCCGCUGCCCGCGUCCUCCUGCCGCCACGGUCGCCCGCGCCCCCCGCGCCCCCCGCGCCCCCCGCGCCCCGCUGAGCCCGAUCGCCCGCCCGGGCGCCGGCCCCUUCCCAUGCGGGCUGCGAGGGCCCUGGGAGGGGCGCCCGGAGCCAGCCGCGCAGCAUGCACUGGGGAGUUGGCUUUGCCUCGUCCAGGCCGUGCGUGGUGGACCUGAGCUGGAACCAGAGCAUCUCCUUCUUCGGCUGGUGGGCCGGGUCCGAGGAGCCCUUCUCCUUUUAUGGGGACAUCAUCGCUUUCCCUUUGCAGGAUUACGGUGGGAUCAUGGCAGGGCUGGGCUCGGAUCCCUGGUGGAAGAAAACCCUUUAUUUGACCGGGGGAGCUUUGCUGGCCGCGGCUGCGUAUCUGCUCCACGAACUCCUGGUCAUUAGGAAACAGCAAGAGCUUGACUCCAAGGAUGCUAUUAUUUUACACCAGUUUGCAAGACCUAACAAUGGUGUCCCCAGCUUAUCUCCUUUCUGUUUGAAAAUGGAGACAUACUUAAGAAUGGCUGACCUACCCUAUCAGAACUAUUUUGGUGGGAAGCUCUCUGCUCAAGGGAAAAUGCCUUGGAUUGAAUAUAAUAAUGAAAAAGUGUCUGGCACAGAAUUUAUAAUUGACUUUCUGGAAGAGAAACUUGGAGUGAACUUGAACAAAAACCUUGGCCCUCACGAAAGAGCUGUCUCAAGAGCUGUGACCAAGAUGGUGGAAGAGCACUUUUACUGGACGUUAGCUUAUUGCCAGUGGGUGGACAAUCUCAAUGAGACCCGGAAGAUGCUGUCUCUUAGUGGUGGUGGUCCCUUCAGUAACCUGCUCAGGUGGGUCGUGUGCCACAUAACAAAAGGAAUCGUGAAGCGGGAGAUGCACGGCCACGGCAUUGGCCGCUUCUCGGAGGAGGAGAUUUACAUGCUGAUGGAGAAGGACAUGCGGUCUUUAGCAGGGCUUUUGGGUGACAAGAAGUACAUCAUGGGGCCCAAGCUUUCCACUCUUGAUGCCACUGUCUUUGGACACUUGGCACAGGCAAUGUGGACCUUGCCAGGGACCAGACCAGAGCGGUUAAUCAAAGGGGAGCUGAUCAACCUUGCCAUGUACUGUGAAAGGAUCAGGAGGAAAUUCUGGCCCGAGUGGCACCAUGAUGACGACAAUACCAUCUAUGAGUCUGAGGAGAGCAGUGAGGCCAGCAAGACUCACACACCCAUGCUGGAUUUUAGCUUCUAUUCCAGGACAGAGACCUUUGAAGAUGAAGGGGCUGAGAACAGUUUUUCCAGGACGCCAGACACGGAUUUCACCGGACACUCUCUCUUUGAUUCUGACGUGGACAUGGAUGACUACACAGACCAUGAACAGUGCAAGUGAUGUCCCGCUGCUGACCCUCUUCCUUAGGGGUUACCUCUCCCUGGGUCGGUCUGGUUUCCCAGGUAGAAAUCCACCUGAGCUGGGAGGAGAUCUUCAAGCUUGGCUCAGUUUUAACAUGCUAACCGGACUAUCAGCCGCCUUAUUUCUUUUUUGUACAAACAAAACACAACCAUUCAGAUGGCUCCGUUUAAAACAGACAAAACAAAUAUCAGCAUGGUACCUGAAAUCCAUUUUUGUUUUCAUUAGAAAACCAAUAUUGUGUGGGAGGGCAGGUACAUGAAUGGGCGUCACCUGAGUGUUUUUAUUGCUCCUUUUCAACUGAGGACUCGGUUGUCAGGUGGACUCCUGAACAUCUUUCAUCUACCAGAGUUUUACGUAAUGAGGGUUAUCAUCAGAAAAAAUGUAGGGGAUAAUGUCCUUUGGCCGCUGUUGUACUUUGUGUGUGUAUUUGUAUGUUGAGACAGAAGUCAAAUGAAGUCCACCGAUAUUCAGUGGACAGCUGUUCUGUGUGCAGCACUGAGUGGGGGUGCUAUGCAACAGGAGUUUUCAUUCCAAACCCUGCCAGUGACUAGCUGUGUGAUUUGGGGCAGGUCCUUUAACUAUUGUGUGCCUCAUUUACCCCACCUGUAACGUGGGGAUGAUAAUACUCUCCACCUACCUACCUCACAGGGGUGUUGUGGGGAUUCAUGUGGCAGCAUUAGUAUGGCGCUUUAAACAUUCUGGAAGUGGUGCAAUGCGAACCAAUUUUAUUCUUCAUUGGGCUUUAUAAAUGUUGAGACCUGAGGGCACAGGACUUCCCUACUUGGGCAACAAGCACAGUCGCUUGCAAAGGCUGUGCAGAUGAAACACACACAAAGCCUGCUAGGACUGUGACAUUCGUCUUUGUGACAUGGCUGGAAGAACUUUGGAAAUCAUCAUCAGCUACAUGCGGUCCUCAGCUCUGGGCACUAACAGAACAGCGUUUCUUUCUUGCAGAGUGCAUUGGCAUGUGGCUUUGCUGUCUCCCAAGUGCUAACUUGCCUGUGUUUAUUGAUUGAGAGAAGAUAAAGUGUAGGACUAUGUGGCAGGUUAACAGAGGAGAAGGAAAGCAUUUGACUUUUGUAGGCAGAAGCUUGUCAACUGUCGUGACUUUUUGAGGACAAAGAUGCAUUGGAAAGAGAAGCAUGAAGGUGUUCCUUGUGUCUGAGUCCUCUGCAGUUUCCUUAAUGCCCCCAUAAGGUGUCCCACUGUGGGGGAGAGCGAGACAGCAUGGACAUCAAAUCCUAGUGUUUCAUGAUCUCUCAUCCCUUCCCAUCACCCCUCUCUUUCCCUCUCUCCAGAGCCCCCAAACUGGUGGGAUUUUCCUGUAUUUGUAUUUGACUCUGAAGACAGCUUUGGAUAGCUUAGUUCAUUUUCUAGGCAAGGGUUCUGUGUGGUGGCUGUGAAUUUGGGCUGUAAGACUCAACUGCAAACCAAUGGCUUUACUUCUGACCAACUGGAUAAAGGUUACUUUAGGGUUGUGAGGCCCCUCAAAGAUGGACAUUUCUGAGAAAUUAAUGUAAUUUACUUGAAAAGCAACCUACUUUUCAUAUAGCUUUCCCACAAAAAUCUUUAAAGAGUGUGGUUCAUUUUCGAAGAGACCAAGAGGGAGCCUUUUGAAGAUGUUUGCCACUGAAGCAGCUGUAGGGCAUAUGGAAAUGGGAGUAAUGUUGAACUCUUAUGUUAGAAUGUCUUCCCUGUAGAAACCUUUGCAUUAAAGAGGAUCUGCCUGA